ACGGCAUCUCUACACUUCGUAUCAUUACUGCGGUAACGUGCGAUACAGCGCUCACGACAACUCUUAUCACUGACGAUCCCCUUCUUAAGACAUUGAUCUUUUGCCAUCUCAUCGAUAGAUCAAGUUUAAUCUAUUAAAGAAGAAAAGAGAAGAAAUUUUCUUUUGACGUACAAACGUCUUUUUGUUUCCCGUUACUCGAAGAACAACACGUAUCGGCGAUUACUUUCAUAAAAUCCAACAUGAGGGCUGAAUUCGGUCUAAGAACUAGCAUCCUCCUUGUCAUCUUCGGCAUCGUCUGCGCGGUGGAAAAUUAUGUGGAUUAUGGAGACGAAUCACCGGACAAAUCGACGGCCGAGAAUAUUCACGAACUUUACAGACUCAUCCUGCAACGGAACGCUUUAGAAAACGGCGGAUUUAAUGGGAUCCCAUUGGAACAUCUGAUGAUUCGUAAAUCUCAACGAUCGCCGUCAUUGCGCUUACGAUUUGGACGUUCUGGUUCACCUCACAUUUCGGCGGGCUUGCUCUCGAAGCCGAUGGCAGCUGUGGCGACGGGUUUCGAGGAGAACAAUUAAUAAAAGCGUUGGACGAAUUGAAUUAUUUUUCCUUUGCUAUGAAACGACGUCACUCUCUUAUAUUUCUCAUAAAUCUUAGAUAAGGCGUAAGAAAACUUCUCUCGUAUCUACGCUUAUUAUAUUAACGACAGUGGGAAAGUAAGCCAAACAAAAAAAAAAAAAAUAGAAAAAAAAGAAAAAAAAGAAAAAGCAAAAAAAAAAAGAAGAUUUAUCGUCAUCAUUUAAUCCGUAAUCAAUAAUUAUCUCUGAAGAUUUUUCCGUUUCAUCUUCGACUUAUAACAGCGAUGUUCUAUCUUUACUAUCAAACAGGAAAAGAAAAAAAAAAGAAAAAGGAAAAGAAAAAAAGAAAAAAAGAAAAAAGAAAUAGUAAAAAAGAAUAAAGGAAACAGAGAUAUAUAUAUAUAUAUAUAUAUAUAUAUAUAUAUA